GUGCUAUCCGAGAGCCAUCGAGAGAGUUCUUCCUGCGCACCGCAGACAAUAAAUCGCCUUCGUCAUCCUUUCUCUCUUCCUCAUCUUUACUCAACCACACCCACAGAUAACAACACUCACAAUGGCUUCUACCGCCUAUCCAACCGCACCUCCUUCUUACGCCACCGUUGCUUCUGAGGAGCCUUUGCUGGACGCACCUCAUGGGUCUCAGCCCGCGAGAGGCGACGGCAUUGCUGCUGACUCGGACCUGCCCGAUGACUUCAAGUACUCGACCUCUGUCUCGCAGUGCUCGAUCUCCGUGCGCCAUGCGUUUGUGCGCAAGGUGUACACUAUUUUGACCGCGCAGCUGCUGAUGACUGGUGGUCUGUCGUCGCUGUUUAUCCUGAACCGGCCGAUCCGAUACUGGGUGCAGAGUCACCCGUCGAUGAUGUGGAUCUCGCUCUUUGGGUCGAUUGCGUUUUUGUUUUUGACGUACUGGAAACGUCGAUCAUAUCCUACCAAUAUGUUUUUCCUGACCGGAUUCACUUUGCUUGAGGGAUACUCUGUCGCAACCAUCACGACGUUCUACAACACCAAGAUCGUUGCCGAAGCGCUGCUGAUUACGCUCAUCGUGUUUGUCGGCCUGACAGCGUUUGCGAUGCAGACCAAGUACGACUUCAUGGGCUGGAUCCCGUACCUCGGAUGCGCGAUCUGGGUCUUGAUCGGCUUUGGACUCAUCUCAGCUUUCUUCCCGUACUCGUCCUUUGGCGAGAUGCUGUACGGCGGCCUUGGCGCGCUUAUUUUCUCGGGCUAUGUGCUUGUUGACACGCAGUUGAUCAUGAAGCACUACCAUCCUGAAGAGGAGAUCGCUGCGAGCAUCAGCUUGUAUCUUGAUUUCAUCAACCUUUUCCUGAGCAUUCUCCGGAUUCUGAACAGCAGCCAGAACAACAACUAGGCAGUCAACAAGAUCGGUGAAUAUAUACAUUUUAACAUGAUGGAUUGGGUUCCUUGGUGUUUUCAACAUAAUAUUUGAUACGAUUGGGAUUUUCUUUUUUAUUUCUAUUCUUUCUUUCUUUUCUGAUUUCUUUUGUAUGUUUUCAGAGUCAUUGGUUUGUGGUUUGUUUUAGUUUUAGUUAUUGUGAACUGGAGUUCAAUGAAAUUGUUUUUUGUUUCACACAGU